UUUUUAUUGUGAGGUUUCCUUUAUUCUUUAAUAGAAAAACACUGCAGAUUACUUCACUAACAUCAAAUGUCCUUUGACUGGAAUCUUUCAAAAGCUGCAUUAGAAAUUGAUCUAAUUUCUCACCGAAAUGCCAAAAUCCAUUCUUUAGAAAAGAAAAAGAAAAGAAUAUCAUUUUGAAUUGCCUUUCAGCCAGAAGAUCAUAAAACUAUAUGCAAAGUUAUUAUAGGCUGUUUAUUGAAUAACUCCGACGUCUUCAGUACCUGAGCUUCCGACUAAACAUACACUAAGAGUCAGACUCUGUUACAUCCUCACAGACAAGUGACGCAUUUUCCAUCAUCGGUAUAAAUACUCGGCAUCAUUCUCCGGCUGCAGCCGAGACUCGCAGUUCAGACCCUCUCUGCAGCAAACAGACCCCACUAUGCGCUCUGCAAAGAGCGACGGUGUCAUGCGCACCGGGCUGUAAAGCAAGUAACCGAAGCUCUCCAAACACAUCGAGUUUACCAACAAUGGAGGUCACAAACAACACGACAACCUGGACACAGUUUGACAACCUUUCCAACAUAUCCCCCAACCCUGAGGACGAGGAGGUGAAGCUGAGUUAUCAAGUGGUCACAUCUUUCCUGCUUGGCGCGCUCAUCCUGUGCGCAAUAUUUGGGAACGCGUGCGUUGUCGCAGCCAUCGCCUUGGAGCGGACUCUCCAGAAUGUGGCCAACUAUCUGAUCGGUUCUCUGGCUGUCACCGACCUGAUGGUGUCGGUGCUAGUGCUGCCCAUGGCGGCGCUUUACCAGGUCUUAAACCGAUGGACUCUCGGGCAGAUUCCAUGCGACAUCUUCAUCUCCCUGGAUGUGUUGUGCUGCACCUCGUCCAUCCUGCACCUGUGCGCCAUCGCUCUGGACAGAUACUGGGCCAUAACAGAGCCCAUAGACUACAUGAAGAAGAGGACGCCGAGGAGAGCCGCGGUCCUCAUCAGUGUCACCUGGCUCGUCGGAUUCUCCAUCUCAGUGCCGCCAAUGCUGAUCAUGCGCUCCCAGCCCAACAGCAUGGCAGAGGACAGGGCGAACCCCAAGCAGUGUCAGAUCAGGCAAGACCCCUGGUACACAAUAUACUCCACAUUUGGGGCUUUUUACAUCCCGUUGACGCUCAUGCUGGUCUUAUACGGGCGGAUAUUCAAAGCAGCCAGGUUUCGGAUCAGGAGGACGGUGCGUAAAACGGAGAAGAAGAAAGUGUCCGACUCCUGCUUGGCGUUAUCCCCGGCCCUCUUCCACAAAAAGACUCCCGGAGACGCGCAGGGUAAGAGCUGGAAAAGGAGCGUGGAGCCCCGGCCGCUGCCGAGCGUCAACGGCGCGGUGAAACACGCGGAAGACGGCGAGUCUCUGGAGAUCAUCGAAGUUCACAGCAACUCCAAAGGCAACCUGCCGCUGCCCAACACCCCGAGCUCCGUGCCGCUGUUCGAAAGCAGGCACGAGAAGGCGACCGAGGCGAAGCGGAAGAUUGCGCUGGCACGGGAGCGCAAAACAGUGAAGACUCUGGGCAUCAUCAUGGGCACCUUUAUCCUCUGCUGGCUUCCCUUCUUCAUCGUCGCUCUGGUCAAGCCUUUUUGCCAAGAGUCGUGCUACAUUCCCCGCUGGCUGGAGGAUGUCAUAAACUGGCUGGGCUACUCCAACUCUCUACUCAACCCCAUCAUUUACGCGUACUUCAACAAAGACUUCCAGAGCGCUUUCAAGAAAAUCAUCAAGUGUCAUUUCUGCAGACCGUGAGGGUUUCAGUUUUUGUGGUUUUGAGGUUUGAGUUAAAGACAUCCAGGUGAACAGAGGAGCGGCCCUAAAAACCAACGGCACAUUAAAGAGGCACACAUAGAUUGUUCUGAACAAAGAAUGAUGCUUAAACUGAUCAGAGGGCUCCUGUUGAUUACUGUUGAUCAUCACCAUCCUUAAAUAUUCCCAGAGAUGUCUGUAGCCUAUGCAUAGAUGAAGCUGUGAUUGUUUGAUUGAAGCUCCAUGUUCCUCAUCAUGUUCUGUCAUGUUCA